UCAGCGGGGUCAUGGCGGGCGUUCGGAGAGCCACCCGGCGUCCACGCCUCUGUUUUAUAGUCUGUGUCUCCACCAUUUUACUCCUCGUCCUCUGCAGCCAAGACUUAAGAGCCAGGCGGCAGGACGAGAGGCACCGGAGAGACAUCCUGGACUCCACAGAGAUCCCGGCGGAGCACAUCGACCCGGCUGCCAUCGACCUCACGCCCCUGGUCAAUACCUUAAUAAACACCAGCCAAUCGGGCUCCCGGCAGCUCUUCUCCCUCCUCAGCGUGACGUCCUACAGCUCCCUGGCUCUCCACAAACUCACCCUGCUCGUCUACAACAUUUCCAGCAUUAAAAGCUUCGAAAGCAACACGUUCAGGAGAAGAUUCUGCUACUGCGUCACAAACGAGACCAACGAUCUAACAGACUUCACGGCCAUCCUGUUGGAUGUGAUGGGAAACUCAACCAGUUACCUGCACGAACUCUUCAAAUCUGCCUCCAUCUUAUCAGUGAGCCAGAGGAACAACUCCGAGUGCAUUUACAUCUGUGUGAUGGCAGGUAAGACGGGCAGAGCGGUGCCGGAGCUGUGGGAGGUCGGCUCCAUCACGCCGCUCUUCAACCAGACCAUAGUGGAAGGACCACACAGAGUAGGUAACAUCUCCUCCAUCAGACUUCCUGUUGAAUGGCACCAGCUGCCCAACAAUCUGAGUCACAUCUCUCCAUCUGGAGUGAGCUCGGUGUUAACCAGCAGAGUCCAAUCCACCGCACAUGUUUCACCAACAGCUGUGGAUGAGACUGCUGCCACCAUAGCAACGGUCACCUCUGCCCAGCUGCAGGCAACAUCUCGGCAACCUGCAGCUACGAUGCCACAAAGUCAAACGACGGCAGCACAGACAACAGCUACGGAGAAAACAACUGUUGCACAACUGAUUACCUCAACGCAACCAACCAGCAUCCUGCAAGUCCCCAAUACAUCUGUCACAACAGCUGCAGCUCCAACCACCACGGCUCCACCAACCACAGAAACAACCCCAGCGUCAACAAACCCCACCACGUCCUCACCAGUUACUAGUCUGACCCGGCUAACCAAAGCUACACACCAGCCGACAACAAAGACCCAGCGCAUGAGUGCAACAGUUCACCCCACCAGACUUUCAACUGGAAGUCCCACAGCAGGACCUACGGAGGUUAGAAGGACUACAGGGUCUCUGAGCAGGAAAACCACCACACCUAGCAAGUCUGUGGAAACAGAAAAACCAGGUAAAUAUUUCUCUGUCCAUUAA